UCAUCCAUUUAAGCAUCCGUUCAUACCAAAACAUCUGGCAUUUCAAUUCACUCAUUUCACUUCACUUCCUUCAAUUGACAGUGGAAAUAAAAGUAAAAUGUCAAACAGUCUGCAAUACAUCUUCGGUGGUCCCAAGGCUUGGGACAGUGGUCUCUGGACCGCCUCAGACGAUCGCGUCCGCGGCGGCUCCAGCAUCUCACACCUCUACACCCACCCCACGCAAGCCAAAUUCUACGGCCAUCUUGACACCAAGACUCUCGGCGGCGCUGGCUUUGCUUCGCAGCGCACAGUCGGCGACCUAGCACUCGAUCUCUCCUGCACAGAGGGCAUAAAGCUCUCCCUUGGCUGGGACAGCUCGGAUCAGACUUUUACGCUCAACGUAAAGGACACCAUCCCUGGAAAGAGGGAGGAUGGGAGAGAUGAGGCUGGUGUGAGCUGGGAGUACGACUUUAAGGCGCCAGAGAAUGGAGGUGAGAUUUUCAUGAAGUGGGAUGAGUUCAAGGCGACAUAUCGUGGGAGGGAGGUUGAGGAUCCUGAGCCGUUGAAGUUGAAUGACAUCAAGAGAAUAUCUCUCAUGGCACGAAGCUUCUUUGAUAAGCAGGAUGGAGACUUCAAGUUGUAUGUCAACUGGAUCGCUGCUGUUAAGAAGGAUGAUAACGACAGCGAUGACGAUGGUGAUCUCAAGAAGCAUGCUCUUGAGCAGCGAUCUAGCCCUCGUCCUGUAUGGAAGAGGCUGUUCUGCGGUCUUUUGUAGUUGUACUAGAUACCUUCACGUCUUGUGUGUCGCUCACCAUGAUCGGAACUUGAAUACACAAAAGCAUUAUAUCGGGACCAGGGUUCUCUCUGCCUCCUUGGCUUGUUUAUUUCUAUCAAUAUUGGCAAUUUAUUUCUCAUGGCACUCUCUGUGAUCUGACUCGAUGGUUACCUGUAACCAAGAGAAGCU